AUGGAGAAUUGGAAGAGGAAGUAUAUGUUACUCAACCAGAGGGUUUUGAGGUUCCAAAUGAAAAACACAAGGUGUAUAGAUUGUCAAAGGCUCUCUAUGGAAUUGAGGCAAGCUCCACGAGCUUGGAACAUUCGACUUGAUAGGAGUCUCAAAGAUCUUGGUUUUAGAAAAUGCACUCAAGAGCAAACAGUCUACACAAGAAGAGAAGAAGAGGAAUGUGUUCUUGUUGGAGUGUAUGUUGACGAUCUCAUUGUAAUAGGAAGUAGCACUGAAAAGGUUAAUAAGUUCAAGCAACAAAUGAUGGCCAAAUUUGAAAUGAGCGACUUAGGCCUUCUCUCUUACUACUUAGGAAUUGAAGUUGAACAACAGAUAGGUCGAAUCCUGCUCAAACAACCAACUUAUGCCAAAAUAAUUUUGUCCCAGUUUGGAAUGGCUGAUUGCAAUGCCACAAAGUACCCGAUGGAACCCAAGGCACAACUUCACAAAGAAACGAAAGGAGCACCAAUUGAUGCUACGGAGUACAGAAGCAUCGUUGGUUGUCUUAGAUACUUACUGAACACAAGGCCAGAUCUUUCAUAUGCUGUUGGGAUGGCGAGUAGGUAUAUAGAAAGGCCUACAACCAUGCAUUACAAGGUGGUCAAGCAAAUACUCGGGUAUUUGAGAGGGACGAUUCAUUUUGGGCUCACUUAUACGAAAGGUCCCAGAGAAUUCAAUAUAUUCGGUUACUCUGACAGUGAUUUAGCCGGUGAUCUCGACGGGAGGAAAAGCACAAGUGGAAUGACAUUCUACUUAAACGAAAGCUUGGUUUCAUGGAAUUCACAAAAGCAAAAGACGGUGGCACUCUCAUCUUGCGAAGCCGAGUUCAUUGCAGCCACUACCGCAGCUUGCCAAGCAUUGUGGUUAAGAUGCCUUGUUAGCGAGAUAGUCAGAAUGGAGCCAAGGCCGAUAACAUUAUUUGUGGACAACAAAUCCGCGAUAGCUCUCAUGAAGAAUCCCGUAUUUCAUGGUCGCAACAAGCACAUAGAUACACGUUUUCAUUUCAUUCGAGAGUGUGUCGAGAAUGGACAAAUUAUCGUUGAAUUUGUCAACACUGGAGAACAACGAGCCGAUGUUCUGACUAAAGCAUUGACCGGAGUAAAGUUAGCUGCUAUGCGUCAACUACUUGGUGUUCGUAACUUAGAAUCAUGUCAGAAUUAG